UCUCCUUGCCCCAAGUUGUUACUUUAAUUAGCGAUAUCCUUAUCCUGAACUAAAUUUAAAAUGGACAGUGAAAAUGCUAUUAAUACAGCAGACUUUUUUCUUAGGGAUAUUCCCAAUGUUAAAGUAGGCAAUGUAAGUCCUAUUAAAAAAAACAUUGUCAAAGAAGAAUUACAGUUCCUUAGAUUGAACGAUGCUAUUCAAGAACAAAUAUUAGAGACACUGAAAUACAUACAUGGACCAGAUUUUAAGUUGAAAAGUGCUUCAGAUUACGAAGAGGUAACGUCAAAUGUUUUAAGGAAAUAUUGGGUGGGGCAAGGUAGCUUAGUUGUUAAGGGUGGCUGUGAUUUUUCUCAAUUUAAAGAUGGCCCUACAGAAGAAUUAGAACGUAUAAAACAGUUCGGAUUAAUGCGGCUAGAAAGUUAUGGAUUUCAUAAAGGUCAUUGUAUUGAAGCAUUUGAAUACUGCAAUGGAAAUAUUGAAGAUGCUCUGUAUCUCUUGUAUAACAGAUAUUUUAAUAGAAAUAUCGAGUUGAAGGAAAUAGAUCAUGGUUUGUCUGAAAAGGAAUUAUUAGAGCAGAGGGUCGAUGAAAAAAGUUCAUUAGAAUCUAUCUAUGAGAACUCCUUUAAGGAAAAAGUAGAAAAUGUUUGGAUUCUUACAUUGAAACUGGAAUAUUUAGUUAAAAUUUUCCACAAUAAGGAAGAUAAGCAGAAAAAGAAUGUGGCGGUCCAGCAAAAAAAGAAAGAGAAGUGCAGAAAUUUCGUAAGAGGUAAUUGUAAAUUUGGCGACAAAUGUAGAUUUUCCCAUGAAAUAGAGAAGCCACCGCCAGAUAUCAAUCAACAUUUGAAUGAUUUUUUGUUCGAAUUAGAAAUCCGCUUUCCGCCUAACACCAAAUAUCCAUAUGAACCACCCAUGAUAUUUUUAAAAACUAAUGCCGUACUUCCACCGUUAGCCAAUCUACACAUCUGUAAGAGGUUAUAUGAGGAAGCUAGAACACUUGCUGAAGAUGGAAUUCCAUGCGUUUACACGAUAACCGAACUAUUACAAACCGAAGACAUAGUUAAAGCUCAAUUGAAAGAAGAAAUCAACUUUCUACCACCCAAUCAAAAGCUCUUUGCUGCGGAAAAAGCCAAAGAAGUAAGAAAAAUACGUCCUAGUCACUACAAGAAGGGUAUUACGAACCGUGAUAAUAAAAAAGCUUUAACGAUAGAGGAAGUGAAGAGGGAAGACAAAAGGAUCGUCGAAACUUUCUCAUCUAAGCAGGGGGACACGAAAUAUGUAUUAAUGUUGCAAUCUCGAAAAAAUCUCCCUGCUUGGACUCUCAAAAAAGAUAUCUUGAACACUAUAAACCGAUCUCAAGUUGUCGUUAUCAGCGGUGAGACAGGCUGCGGGAAGAGCACGCAAGUUCCACAGUUUAUAUUAGAUGAAUGGAUAUCGAAUUAUGAUAGCGGUAACAAGCACAUAGAAAUUGUUUGUACGCAACCAAGACGGAUUUCUGCAAUUGGUGUAGCUGAAAGGGUUGCCGACGAGAGGGUGGAUAGAAUUGGAAGUACAGUAGGUUACCAGAUUAGAUUAGAGAGCAAAAUUUCAGCUAGUACUAGACUAACUUUUUGCACCACAGGGAUUUUGUUGAGGAGGUUAGAGGGAGAGCCGACCUUGCCCAAUGUUACGCAUAUUAUCGUGGAUGAGGUGCAUGAACGCAGCGAGGAAAGUGAUUUUCUUCUGUUAAUACUGAAAGAACUGCUCAUUCUUCGUCCGGAACUCAAGGUUAUCCUUAUGAGUGCCACACUGAAUGCCUCUCUGUUCGCUCAAUAUUUCGGAGAAAUACCCGUGGUCAAUAUCCCGGGCAGGACGUUUCCUGUUCAACAGUAUUUUUUAGAGGACAUUUUAGAGACGACGAAUUACAUAUUAGAAGAGGGAUCAGAAUAUUGUAGGAAAAUAAAGAAUGAUUCGGAUAUUGACGCUCUUAUGGCUUCUGAGGAAGUUAGUUUUCUUAAUGCCAUGCCCAAAGAUAACGUGAGGGAUGAAAAUUUAAGUAUUCCUCAAGUGAUGGCUAGAUAUCAAGAUUUUAGUGCAAGGACUUGUAAAAAUCUGUUCUUGAUGGACACUGAAAAGAUAAACAAUGAGUUAAUAGAAACCGUUUUGAUUUGGAUUGUGUCGGGAGAUCAUGAAUAUCCGAGAAAAGGGACAAUUCUUAUCUUUCUUCCCGGAAUCGCUGAAAUUACCACUUUGUUCGAUCAACUUAAUGAUCACCCUGUGUUUGCAGCAAGAGCCGGAAAGUACGUGUUGGUACCCUUGCAUUCUUCCCUAACCAAUGAAGAACAGUCAGCCAUAUUUAGGAAACCAAAACUUGGUCAACGGAAGAUUGUCUUGUCAACGAACCUCGCGGAAACUUCCGUCACCAUCGACGAUUGUGUCUUUGUCAUUGAUUCAGGCAAGAUGAAAGAGACCCACUUUGAUCCUAACCGUAAUAUGGAAAGUCUCGAGACUGUGUGGGUGACCAGGGCAAAUGCCCUACAAAGAAAAGGUCGUGCUGGAAGGGUAAUGCCAGGGGUUUGCGUUCAUCUUUACACAGGUCAUAGAUUCAACCAUCACAUGUUGCCACAGCCCAUUCCGGAAAUUAACAGGAUACCGUUGGAGAGGUUAAUCUUGAAUAUUAAGGUCUUGCCAAAUUUCGAGGACAGGGAGGUUGCAAACGUUAUAGGAUCUUUUAUUGAACCCCCUUCAGAAGAAAAUGUGACAACAGCUAUAAAGAGACUGGAAAACGUAGGAGCGUUGGAUAAAGACGAUAAUUUAACCCCUCUAGGCCACCACUUAGCUGCUCUACCUGUUGAUGUGAGAAUAGGAAAGUUAAUGCUGUACGGUGCGAUUUUUGGUUGUGUGGACGCAGCUUUGACCAUGGCGGCUUGUUUGAGCUACAAAAGUCCCUUUGUUGCUCCAUUCGGAAAGCGAGACGAGGCUAAUAAAAAGAAACAAUCGUUUGCUGCCGGUUAUAGCGAUCAAAUCACUGUUUUGGUAGCAUAUAAGAAAUUCUUGCAAAUGAACAAGAAGAGCGGGGCGGGCGCCAGGAACUUUGCCAAUGAGAAUUACUUGUCUCACAAGACGUUGGUCACAAUAGCGGACAUAAAACAUCAAUUCCUUGAGUUUCUCGUCGAUAUCGGCUUCGUAGCGGUUAAUCUUGGCGGAAGGAGGAGAAUGGGUCAGGACAACGUGUAUGAAAUCACCGGAUCAGAGUUUAACAAGAACGGAGAGAAUUUACGCCUUCUGUCCUCCAUUUUGUGCGCGGCGUUGUACCCCAACAUCGUGAAGAUACUAACACCUUCAAAAUCUUAUGUAAUGAGUGCUGCCGGGGCGGUUCCAAAGGAAAACGAGGCAAAGGACUUGAAAUUUGCCACCGCUAAAGAAAUCGUGUUUAUGCAUCCAAGCUCUGUCAAUUAUUCAGUGAGAAGCUUUCCCAGCCCUUAUAUGGUAUACCAAGAGAAAGUAAGAACCAGCAAGGUGUUCUUCAGGGAUUGUACUAUGGUUCCCGUCAUUCCUUUAGUGUUGUUUUCUGGAUCUGAUCUAGAGGUUACAGUCCACAAUGGAAACACUUUCGUAGCAUUAGAAGAGGGCUGGAUACUGUUCCAGGUUGAAGAACACAAGGUUGCCGAGAUGGUGAAAUUGAUAAGGCAGGAGCUGUUCGACCUUCUAGAAGAAAAAAUCAAGGAUCCUCUUCUUAAUUUGCUCCAUCAUGAUACCGGAGAAAAAAUAAUCAAUAUAAUUUUGAAAUUAAUAAAUUCUUCCUAGCUAACAUAAAACCCCCUUCUGUCACAUGGUUUUGUAAAUAAGAUUAUUUAUUUAUAUUUUUAUAUGUGAAAACGUUUGAUAAUGCUUUUAGAAUAAAUGAGUCAGUUUUCUUAAAUCUUUAUUGACAAGUUUUCCCAAUAAAUU